UAUUUUUCCAAGUCGGAGGUAGCUUGCAAGCUGCAGCAUACUUACGACAAGAGCAUCACUCAUUAUUUGGCGAUACUGUACUGUACAUUCUAUCACAGAGUUAGCGUAGCUACCUAUGCGCUGGCUACAGGGCAUCGCCUUGUGGGCGGCGCUCGCCCCCUUGUCGCACGCCAACGUUCCCGAUCCGGCCAAGGACGCCACCCCCUACCAUGAAGAGUUCGUUCUGUUCCGCAGCGCCAACAUGGCCUCACCCGAUAAGCUCUCGAGCGGCGUCGGCUUCCACUCGUUCCGCAUCCCGGCCGUUGUCCGGACUAACACAGGCCGGAUCCUCGCCUUUGCCGAAGGCCGCCGCCACAACAACCGCGACUAUGGCGACAUCAACCUGGUCUACAAGCGCACCAAGACCACCACCAGCCACGGCGCCUCCUUCAGCGACUGGGAGCCACUGAAGGAAGUCGUCGGCGCCGGCGCCGGAACGUGGGGUAACCCGACGCCCGUGGUCGACGGCGACACCAUCUACCUCUUCAUGUCCUGGAACGGCGCCCAGUACAGCCAGAACGGGGGCGACACACUGCCGGACGGCAGCAAGACCAAGAAGAUCGAUAGCACCUGGGAGGGCCGCCGCCACCUGUACCUCAGCAAGAGCACCGACGACGGCGCGACCUGGUCCGAGCCCGAGGACUUGACCGAGACGCUGACCCCGGCCGGCCGGGCCUGGGACGCCGUCGGGCCGGGCAUUGGCAUCCGCCUGACCACGGGCGAGCUGGUGGUGCCCGCACAGCAGCGCAACAUCAUCGGGCGCGGGCCCCCCGGCAACCGCACCUGGUCGGUGCAGUCUCUCCCGGGCGCCGGGUCCGAGGGCACCAUCGCGCAGACGCCCGACGGUCAGCUCUACCGCAACGACCGGCCGGGCAGCAACAGCGACUACCGCCGCGUGGCCCGCGGCAACCUCACCAGCUUCGGCGCCUUCGCCGACGACACGGGCCUGCCGGAUCCCGGGUGCGAGGGCUCGGUGCUGCUGUACAACUUGGCCGACGACAAGGGCCCGGCGCGGGUCGUCUUCAUGAACUCGGCCAGCAAGGACAGCCGCCGGGCGAUGCGCGUGCGCAUCAGCUACGACAGCGACGCUGCCAAGUUCAACUUUGGGCGCGAGCUCGGCGACGCCCCCGUGUCCGGCGCCGGCUACGAGGGCGGGUACUCGAGCAUGACCAAGACGGCCGACUACAAGAUCGGUGCCCUGGUCGAGAGCGACUUUUACAACGACAAGGGCGGGGAGAAGUCGUACCGCGCCAUCAUCUGGAGACGCUUCAACCUGUCGUGGAUCCUGAACGGGCCGCGCAAUUAGGGGGGCUAGUGCGGAUUGAAUGCUCCUUUUUCAUGAGAUCAUAGACC